UGACUGAUUGAGAUGGGGAGAAACAUUAAUCAACUUUUCUCUCCUCUUGUCAUCCUAUUGCGGCACCAAUAUUAAGAGACUGUUCGAAUUGAGAAUUCUGGUUACUGAGACGAAGCUCAGAGAGGAUCAGAGUUUCGUCCAUUUGUUAAAGUUUUCCGCAUGCAUAUUUGUAUAUGCAAUGUUUAGGAGGUCUCGAACGUGUAUUCGCGAAUCACCGACGUAUCAAACCACCUACAAACACCCAAAGUGUUCGACUGCAUACCUAAUCAGCCUACCGGUUCUGGAGAGUCGAUUUGAUUGGUCUAUUGUAAAAUCUGUAGAAGUAAUGGUUGAUCUUUUAGAUUUUGCCUCAUCAGUGUUGUGGUUCUGUGAUCGUUUAUUCGAUGGACGGAAAAAGUCAUAACCUCAGUAUUGAUACAACAAUACAACGAAAAUGCGACAUGAUGGUGUUUUGCCCCCAGGACACAGCAGUUCUCGACUCGUCUGUCCCAGGGAUUGAAAAGUCCUUGACUCAUAAGAUCGGUGAACAGAUAACAUUCUUGGUCUCGUGCGUACCUCGCGUUAAUAAGUACCUAGUAGUGGCAACACGAUACAUGUGAGAAAUGGUUCGAGACCGGGUAAAUGUAAACGUACUCAUGUACUCGCGAUGCAUUAAGCUCUUUGCAUCCAUGGAAGAAGAUGAUCCGAUGUUUUCUGAGCUAAGAUGGAGCGGAGCCAAUUGGCCAAGCGGUUGGUAAAUCUUACCUUGGGAAAACCCCGCAUUGAGGCUUACUCCAUGGGGUUGAGUAGAUUAGCAGGCGUCUAUGGUUCGGAAGGAGUAGCGUCAGCAUACGGACUGGAUUAUAUCCUCGGAUGUGCAGAUGCGGAUUCGACGUGGUUUUUCUUCCUCUGGUUGGGGAUUCGGGGUGAUGGAUGGGGAUAG